GUGGUGGUAAGGUCGAGGUGGUACAUUGAGGUGGUCUUCAGUUGAGCGUUGACCCCCGUGAAGGCAACAUCUCUGCCCCACCUGUCACCUGGCACACCUGAGCUCACCUGAACGUCUACUUACCUGUGUGUUCAUUAAGAAUGUGUCGUGUCGUAAGUGUGGCUGUGGUGACCUUCCUAUGUAUCAGCCAGGUCACGCCCUUCCCCCAGGACAUCCCCGUGCCCCUGCGAGACUCCCCCAGGGCCCUGCUGUCUCGCCCCUACAGGCCACAGAACACCCACCUGGCGUCCCUGGUGGAGAGCUUUGCCCAGAAUGACAUUGGGAAAGGUUACAUGUUUGAUCUGAACCUCCCGGACACAUCAGAGCUGGACAAGAUGCCGCCCCUUCCAACGCCGCCAAAAUUCAACAUCAACACUUUCACUUUUAACGAGAAGAAUAUACGCACGCCCGGAGACAUCUUCAGCCUCCUAGCGGAUGUCAAUGAUGCAAUGAACGAGAAGUCAAAGAGAACUCAAACGUCCAACUCCGCUGAAACCAAAACGAAGCAGAAAUCUGACGCCUCGAAACUGGAAAGUGAUGCAAAUGAAGCUGUAACGAAGAAAUCAGUGGUGUCUAGCUCUAGCGAAGCCAAAAUGAAGCAAAAAACUGAGGCUUCAAGGUAAAGCGAGUCUGAGCCGCUGAUUAAGAUUCCUGGGGUGGAAGUGGUGAAUACAUUUGGGAAGAAGAUUCUAAUGGCCACACAAGACUUCCAGAACUUAAUGGGGGUCGUUCAGCGCAUGACCAAGAAAGUGGAAGCGAAACUAGGCAACAAAACUGAGCCUCUCUCUUUCUCCGCGCCGCUCAACACAAAUGUCUCGAGUUUGGUGAGUCUGCUUCUUGAUUCUUCACGCCUGGAGGAGAUUCGGACCGCUGGACUGACUGCCAAAACUGAGGACGAAUUUCUGGACCACCUGACCUCCGUGCUGAUUGGCGAGGAGACGCGAGGCACUGCACUGACCCUUGACCCCGUGACCAUUAUUGCUCUGCUUACUCUUGCCGCGUACCUGAUCAGAGCAGUGUACCAGGUGCUCACUGUCACCGGCCGAUCUAUGGAGGUGGCUGAUCUGACAGUGCCUCUUCACCUCUCCGAUCUCCCCCUCGCCAUGGCUAGUAUUCAUGACUGGAUCUCCGCCCCCCAAGUUGUCACAGUUAGAGAGAAGCGGUCAGUGAAUCAUCUGGUGGGCAACAUUCUGGACAUCCCCGGCAGUCUGGCAGCGAUCAUUAAGCUGUACAGGGAAGGACACCGCCGCUGUGUCAAGCCUUUCAUUUGUGAGCAGAUGGAGAGACGCUCGUUCUCUGAAGUCACCCUCACCGAUAUGCUCAUCGCUGGUCUUGGCUACUACUUCGGAGAGGACAGCUGGGGAACGUUCAUUGACAACACCAUCACAGCAAGGAGCGCAGGCUGUGACGUGCUGCCAGAGAGGUGCUCGGCAAGGACUUUGGAUGAUGCACACUACCUUGAAAGCAUCUAUACUCGUGCCUCAUAUAAGUUCUUUGACCUCCUCGCCCGCUUGACUGGUCUUGUGUAGGGGAGGUGUGUGUGUGUGUGUGUGUGUGUGUGUGUGUGUGUGUGUGUGUUUUGGUUUCUGUUCUUGUAAUAUUUUGAUUCGUGUUUUUAUUUUUUUUUCUUAUUUUUCAUAUUUUUCUUGAUUUUAGUUUUUUUUGUUACGUGGUGGAAUUCCUGAGGUGUUGUUCAUGUUGUUGUUGUUAUUUUGGUUUUGUUGUUGUUUGUUCAUCUCAUGUGUCUUAUUUAUUUCUUUAUUUUCCCUGUUUAUCAUAGUCUCCCCAUUCAAGUCUUCAUUUUCUGUGUAAACUCCUUUUUUUUUUUUCCUUACUUUAGCAGUUUCCAUACAGUAUUUUUAAUGUAUUUUCUCAUUAGGUCUAUUAUUCUUUACAGAUGUCGCCAUUACACAGCCUUAUGACGUUGCUGUAGUGACUAUAAACACAUACAAGUCAGUCAAUCAGUCAAUCAGUCAGUCAGUCAGUCAGUCAGUCAAUCAGUCAGUCAGUCAAUCAGUCAGUCAGUUACUCACUCAAUUAGUUAGUCAGUCAAUCAGUCAAUCAAUUAAUCAGUCAAUUAGUCAGUCAGUCAGUCGGUCAGUCAGUCAAUCUUCCUAUUAAUUCAAACCAUUAUUCUUUCUCAUAAUCUUAAUCUCACCACUUCACCGUUCCAUUUCUCAUAAUCACUUUAUUUUCCUUUUAUCUAUCAAUUUCUGGAUCUAUUUCUCACAUCUCUCCCAUCAGUCCCUAUUACCUGAAGCCAUCACCAGUACCUGUCCCCUUUCCCCUGCCACGUAACUUGCCCCCCCUGUCAGUCUAUCAGCAUGUGUCAGUCUCCCCUGCCACGUGUUUGUUAUCUAAUUAGUAUUGCAACCUUAGUAUUAUUUAUUUAUCCAUUAAUCUAUCCAACAUACACUGGUUUAUUUUGAGUGUAUAUGUGUAAGUGUGUGUAUGUUAUGUAUUUGUUCCAUGUUCUCUUUAAAUAUUAGCCCCUUCAGUACCAGGACGCGUUUCCAUAUUCAUUCUGCUAUUUGGUGACUUUGCACAGCUUCAGAAACUCAUGUGGGGGAUUAAAAUAGUGAAGAGUGUGUCCAUUAAUAUUCUAAACUCCAUAGACCCUUCCUAACGUCAAUAAAAUGGUCUAAUCGUACACAAAUCUCAAGGUAAAAAUGUUCGCCUGUACUGAAGGGGUUAAUUAAAUUACUGUAGAGAGGUAAUAUUUAUGUAGGGAAAGUUGUUGAAUUUGUUACCUGUUAAUAAAAAAUGUGAAAUCAG